AUGCCACAAACUAAAGUUCAAACACGACACAAACUCAAGUUCAACAAACACACUAACUCAAGUUCAAAAACACCACAAUCUCAAGUUCAAACACAAAACAAACUCAAGUUCAAUGAACACAAAAACUCAAGUUCAAAAACACCACAAACUCAUGGUAAAACACGCUACAAACUCAAGUUCAAACACCACACAAACUCAAGUUCAACAAACACCACAAACUCAAGUUCAAACACGAAACAAACAAAAGUUCAAAAAACACACAAACUCAAGUUCAAACACGACACAAACUCAAGUUCAACAAAAACCACAAACUCAAGUUCAACAAACACCACAAACUCAAGUUCAACAAACGCAACAAACUCAAGUUCAAACAUGAAACCACCUCAAGUUAAAAAACACAACAAACUCACGUUCAAACACGACACAAACUCAAGUUCAACAAACACAAUAACUCAAGUUCAACCAAUUCCCAAAUCUGAAGUUUAA